AUGCCUCUGAUCUACGCCUUCGUGUCGCGCGGGACGGACCUCCUCGCGGAGUACACGAGCUACUCCGGGAACUUCAGCGCCAUCGCCGUGAAGUGCGUAGAACGGUUGCCCCCCGGGAACCCGCGCUUCACCUACACCGCGGACCGCCACACAUUCAACUACCUCACCGAACAGGGCCUCACGUACUGCGUCGUCGCGGACCAGGAAUAUGGCAGGCAGAUCCCGUUCGCCUUCCUCGAGCGCGCAAAGAGCGACUUCCAAACGCGCUACGGCGACGCGGACGGCGUCCCCGCGGACCGCAUCCGCAAGGAGUUCAGCCCGAAGCUCAAGGAGCACAUGAACUGGUGCAUGAUGAACCCGGAGGAAAUCGACAAGGUCGCCGCCGUGCAAAAGAAGGUGGACGAGGUGCGCAACGUGAUGGUGGACAACAUCGAGAAGGUGCUGGAGCGCGGCGAGCGCAUAGAGGAGCUGGUGGACAAGACGGACAACCUGCGGUACCAGGCUGACCGGUUCCAGAAGCAGAGCCGUCAGGUCCGGAACCAGAUGUGCUGGGGGAACGUCAAGGUGAAGAUCGCGGUCGCCGUGAUCUGCCUCAUCGUCCUGCUCGUCGUCAUCCUCGGGAUCUGCAGCGGCGUGGGGUGCUUCUGA